UAAGGAGGAUUUCCGGUACAUGCUGCGGCAGUGAUAGGGGAAGAAAAGUCACGUUACUAGUAGGCUAGUCUGGCUGCUAGCUGCGGUAAUAUGAUGGCCCCUUCUCCCGGAGAGUUCAGUGAGCAGCAGUCCCAGCAGCAUAAGAAUGUGCAGACUCCAGGAGUUGGUUAUAUCCCCACUGAAGAUGAGAGAAGAACCUUUAGAGAAUGUAAUUCCGAAAGCUUUUGGUACAGAUCCCUUCCAGUCUCUGCGGUAAGCAUGAUUCUUACACAGGGCCUUAUUUCCAGAGGAUUGCUUACAUCAUCUUCGAGAUUUGGCUCGCUUCCAAAAGUGGCAUUUGCUGGCUUCUGUGGAUACAUUGCAGGAAAAAUUUCAUACAUGAAAACCUGUCAGGAAAAAUUUAAAAAACUUGAGAAUUCACCACUGGGAGAUGCUAUUCGUCAAGGAUACAGACCUUCACAGGUUUCUCCAAGGGGUAAUGAGUUUUCUGAAGAAAAUGUGUCUGCUUCACCAGUCAGAAGUUCUUCUCCAUUUGCGCCUCAGUUUUCAUCCAGUCCUUACUCGAGUAAGCUGAAUCCUGCAAACGCCCCCUUUAGUUCUUCAAUGAGUGAAUCUCAGGUUACAGGAAUAACUGAUGUUGUCACAGAACCUGACCCUUAUAUUGAAGAAACCCAGAAGAGUAAACCAAUGACCUAUGAUGAACUGAGAAACAAAAAUAGAGAGACCUAUGAGAUGGCUUUGACCCAAAGAGCUGACUCUUCUGUAAGAUCCUCUCCAGACAGAAAGCCAAGGAAAGAAGUUAAGACGAACAAGUAUGGAGAUGCAUGGGAAGAAUGAAAAAAAAAAAACAUUAAAUGGACUACUCAAGAAAUCAACUGUUUUGUGUUGCAAUAUAAUAAAUAAAAAUGAAAUCCAUUAUAUGUGUGUUGUGAGUAAUAAUAAAAUCAGUAUAUCUCUUAA